GGGGCGCGCGCUCCACCCCUCUCGCCUCCACCCAACUCCCCCAUUAGUGCACGAGUUUACCUCUAGAGGUCAUCAGGCAGGAUUUACGACUGGACAACAAAAGCACGUGAUUCGAAGUCGUACCCCAUAUUUGGGUGCCUACGUAGGAGGGAACCAAGUACAUGUCCCAGUCAUUUCCAUAAUUCAUCAUAAAUUGUGCAAGGGUGCUAUAGACGCACAAACGACCGCGAGCCACAAAUCAAGCACACAUAUCAAAAAACAAAUGAGCUCUUAUUUUGUAAACUCAUUUUGCGGUCGCUAUCCAAAUGGCCCGGACUACCAGUUGCAUAAUUAUGGAGAUCAUAGUUCCGUGAGCGAGCAAUUCAGGGACUCGGCGAGCAUGCACUCCGGCAGGUACGGCUACGGCUACAAUGGCAUGGAUCUCAGCGUCGGCCGCUCGGGCUCCGGCCACUUUGGCUCCGGGGAACGCGCCCGCAGCUACGCGGCCGGCGCCAGCGCGGCGCCCGCCGAGCCCAGGUACAGCCAGCCGGCCACGUCCACGCACUCGCCUCCGCCCGACCCGCUGCCCUGCUCCGCCGUGGCCCCUUCGCCCGGCAGCGACAGCCACCACGGCGGGAAAAACUCCCUGGGCAACUCCAGCGGCGCCUCGGCCAACGCCGGCAGCACCCACAUCAGCAGCAGAGAGGGGGUUGGCACGGCGUCCGGAGCCGAGGAGGACGCCCCCGCCAGCAGCGAGCAGGCGAGCGCGCAGAGCGAGCCGAGCCCGGCGCCGCCUGCCCAACCCCAGAUCUACCCUUGGAUGCGCAAGCUACACAUAAGUCAUGACAACAUAGGCGGCCCGGAAGGCAAAAGGGCCCGGACGGCCUACACGCGCUACCAGACCCUGGAGCUGGAGAAGGAGUUCCACUUCAAUCGCUACCUGACCCGCCGAAGGAGGAUUGAGAUAGCACAUGCUCUUUGCCUCUCCGAGAGACAAAUUAAAAUCUGGUUCCAAAACCGGAGAAUGAAGUGGAAAAAAGAUAAUAAGCUGAAAAGCAUGAGCAUGGCGGCGGCGGGAGGGGCCUUCCGCCCCUGAGUAUUUGAGCGUUUAAGUACUGAGCAGUAUUAGCGGAGCCCGCGUAGUGUCAGUACUAAGGUGACUUUCUGAAACUCCCUUGUGUUCCUUCUGUGAAGAAGCCCUGUUCUCGUUGCCCUAAUUCAUCUUUUAAUCAUGAGCCUGUUUAUUGCCAUUAGAGCGCCUGUAUAAGUAGAUCUGCUUUCUGUUCAUCUCUUUGUCCUGAAUGGCUUUGUCUUGAAAAAAAAAAAAUAGAUGUUUUAACUUAUUUAUAUGAAGCAAGCUGUGUUACUUGAAGUAACUAUAACAAAAAAGAAAAGAGAAAAAAAACACACAAAAAAGUCCCCCUUCGACCUCGUUUAGUGCCAAUGUUGUGUGUUGCACUCCAGUUGUUUAACUGUGCAUGUGAGUGGAAGUGUUCCUGUCUCAAUAGCUCCAAGCUGUUAAAGAUAUUUUUAUUCAAACUACCUAUAUUCCUUGUGUAAUUAAUGCUGUUGUAGAGGUGACUUGAUGAGACACAACUUAACUUGUUUGACGUGUAGUGACUAGUGACUCUGUGACGAAAACUGUGACUCCGAGCGGUGUGUCCCUGCGUGCCUUUGUAGGACCCUUUGCACGAACUCUGGAAGUGGCUCUUAUAAGCGCAGCUUCAGUGAUGUAUGUUUUUGUGAACAAAGUUACAAAUAUUGUCCAAGUCUGGCUGUUUAAGCAAACUGUGAUCAGCUUUUUUUUUUUUUUUGUAUUUGUUUUUAAGGAAAAAAUACUGACUGGAAACAAAAAAUAAACUUUCUAUUGUAAGUUC